AUGACGACGCCUCAACCGAUAUGUCUUUCCGUGACUGGCGACAGAUGACUACUCUGAUUGAAAUGCCCUUCGUAAUCUCCUUUUGGCGGCGUGUACAGAUCUUCCAAGCCGUUGUCCGUGCUCACCGGCAGUCUAUUCAGAGCACCCGCGUACCUUCCCUUGACUUCAUGCAGGCCCUUAGUGAACCUGCCGAUCACAUGCAACCUGUGCGAGUUCGUGUACGACGGGACUACCUUUACGAAGAUGCCUUCGAGAACCUGUCAAAGGAAAAUGCUCCCUCCCUGCGACCUCGUCUGAAUGUGGUCUUCUUCAACCAGGCCAACGUAGAGGAGAUGGGUUUUGAUGGCGGUGGCCUCUCGCGUGAAUUCCUCACUGAGGUCAUCCAGUCGGGCUUCAACCCCACUCGUGGCUACUUCCUCUACACCGAUGACAACACUCUCUAUCCUAAUCCGAACGCCAGGCAUGCAGAGGAGGAGGCGUACGAGCAUUUCUCUCCGCCGAUUCACGUUAUAUGCAUAAUACUCUGUGGAAUGGAUCUGACAAAGGAAAGCGAGACCGGAAUGGCGCUGUAUGAAGGCAUGCUGGUUGAGGUUCGGUUUGCCCACUUCUUCCUGGCCAAGUUAGUGAGCAGAACAGGUGGCAGCUUGGGUUUCGAUUAUCUGCACUCAUUGGACCGUGAAUUAUACAGACAACUUUGCAACUUGAAGAAAUAUCGCGGCAAUGUGCGUGACUUAGAAUUGGACUUUACAAUAGUUCAGGACAACUUUGGCGAGUCAAAGGUGAUCGAGUUGAAACCAGGUGGCAGUUCAAUUCCCGUCACGGAAGCAACUCGGGUUGAAUACAUUCACCUGGUUGCCAACUACAAACUCAAUCGUCAGAUCUACCCUCAGUCGCGGGCGUUCAUUGCCGGAGUGACAGAUGUUGUCUACCUGGAGUGGCUACGUCUGUUUGAUGCUGAGGAACUGCAGGUCUUGAUUUCAGGCGCCGACACAGAUAUCAGUGUUGAGGACCUCCGAGAGCACACCGUCUACGUCGGAAGCUACCAGAAGACCGUGGAUGAUUUUUGGUCCCUCUUGGAAACCUUCACUGAGUCUGAGAAAAGGGACUUGCUGCGCUUUGCUACGGCCUGUUCUCGACCGCCCAUGUUCGGUUUUCGCGAUCUGCAGCCACCCUUCUCCAUUCAGAUUGUGCCUGAUAUCACGCGUCUGCCCACCUCCAGCACGUGCAUGAACCUCCUCAAGCUGCCUGCCUACGCGGACAAGGCGGUCCUACGGGAGCGCCUUCUCUACGCCCUCAACUCUCAUGCGGGCUUUGAGUACAGUUGA